AAGCCGGGAAGGUGACCGAUGAUGUUGCUUUGCGUUGCCGGGGAGAUACGAGCUUUCGGCACAAAACAGGAAAUUUCCCUAGUCGCUCUUUAAGCCCACCAUAGUGCCUACGUAUGUAGGUAGGGAUACGUUAUUGUUUUUCAGGAUGGUAAAUUACUACAGGUAGAUAUGUAACAAUCAUAAAAGCUACCAUUCUCAUGUCAUAAGCACAUUUCUCAACUUAGCCUAUUCUCAAAGAGAGAAACAUAUAUAUACAUAUUUCCUUUUUUACCGUUUUGAGGAAGGAUGCUAUUGACAUCUUCACAAGUCUCGGCUCUGAUCUCGUGUGGAAUUGUGGUCCUGUGUACGGGGGCGUUGUUCUUCAGCGGCUACGUAAUCCAGCAGCGAACUCUUCGUGACCUACGAGCGGCCAUCAAACCUCGAGAGCCCGCUCAACCGAGUCCCAAGAUCUACCUCCCGGAUUACUUCAAGAAGCCGACCACCCAGCUCGAAGAUGGCACAAUAGUCGAGAUUGACGAUCCACGGUUAACCGGCAUUCACAAUGGCCCAAAAGGGGAUAAUGCCAUCAUUGUGCGGCCCUCGUUCCCCAAGGACGAGCCAGAACAACAGAAGCCGACUGAUCCGGAAGACAACGAACCGGCGAGGGAUUUUGUUGGAACACAGAGUGACGCAGAUGACGCUGCAAGUAAACAAAAACCGAUAAGUCGGGCUGAGAGAAGGCGUCUCAUCAAGGAAGAGAUACGACGCUUGUCGGAAGGCCAAGAGCCGGUUUACUACCAGAGACGAUUAUGGUAGCUGGACUACUUCCUCGUCCAGCACAGGCAUUUCUGCUGUUAGAUUGAUAUUUAUUCGCUCAGUGCCUAUAGGUUUAUAUGGCAUCUACGAUAGGGUUGGUGGGAAUAGGGGUUGGGGGUUUAAGGGGCUGGCAUUUCAGAUGAGAUUUACUACAGAGCGGUCGGUUCGUUUCCGCUACGAUGCAUACGAUAAUGGAAGAGUGUGUAC